AUGGCCACGCCGGCGAUCGUCGUCUCGGGCGUCUCGAGCGGCGUCGGCAAAACGUCGCUCGCGAUCGGUCUCAUGGCGGCUCUCACCAAGCGCGGGCUGCGCGUGCAGCCGUUCAAGGUCGGCCCCGAUUUUCUCGAUCCGAUGCACCACACGCUCGCUUGCGGUGUCGCGAGCGUGAACCUCGAUGGCUUCAUGAUGGGCCGCGACGAGUGCCUUGCUGCGUACCAUCGCGCCUGCAUCACGACAAAGGCCGACAUUGCUGUCAUCGAAGGUUGCAUGGGGCUCUUCGACGGCACGGACGAGGCCUCGGACGGCGGCAGCUCGGCCGAGAUCGCCAAGUGGCUCCAAGCGCCCGUGGUCCUCGUCGUCGACGCGUGGUGCAUGGGACGCAGCGCCGCGGCCAUGGUGCACGGCUAUUGCUCGUUCGACCGUAACGUGACAUUUGCUGGCGUCGUCUUCAACAAGAUUGGCGGUGACGCGCACGCGCAAUGGCUACGUGAUGCGUUGCAGUCGUCACCGCUGACCUCGUCGGUACGCGUCCUAGGCUGCGUCCCGAAGGACGUAUCGAUCGUUGUGCCCGAACGCCACUUGGGCUUGCACAUGCCAGACAAUGCGACGCACAUCCACGGCCUUGCCCGUCUCGUCGAGGCCCACAUAAGCGUCGACGCGCUGCUCGCAUCCCCGCCAACGAUCUACCUGCCCGUCCGCGAGCCAUCGACGCCACCUGCGACGGAAAGGACACCGCCACCCGUGCGGCUCGGCGUCGCACGUGACGAAGCGUUUUGCUUUUACUACGCCGACAACCUCCGCGUGCUCGAAGCCGUCGGCUUUAACCUCGUGUUCUUCUCGCCCUUGCACGACAAGGAGGUGCCAACCGUCCAUGCACUCUACUUUGGCGGCGGGUACCCCGAGCUCCACGCCAAUGCGCUCGAAGCCAACGCGUCGAUGCGGGCGUCCGUCCACGCGUUUGCCUCGUCUGGAAAGCUCGUGUACGCAGAGUGCGGCGGCCUCAUGUACCUCUCGCAGAAGCUUUUUGAGAAAGAAAAGGCAUUUGCCAUGGCCGGCGUGCUGCCCCUUGACGUGAGCAUGACACCACGCAUGACCAUGGGCUACUGCGUGGCCGAGAUGUCGCCAGCCCUGGCAGCACUGCUGCAGCUGCCGCCCACAACACGACUGGCGUGCCACCAGUACCACUUUUCCGAGCUCACGUACAAGGGCGAGCCGGCGGCACGGCUUAAUGCCAACGGCGCGGUCGUCCAACUGGCCGGCGUUGACGAGCCAGCGUACCGGUGCCGCAUGGAGCGGCCGGACGCAGCGUUUGCGCCCGAGGGCGUCGUCGUCGGUGGUACGAUCGCGUCCUACUGCCACCUCCACUUUGGGUCGCAUCGGGCCUUUGCAUCAGCUCUCUUCGCGACGGCACAGCGACGCCUGCCACUCGUGUCGUUUGAGCCAAGCGCGACCGAGAUCGUUGGCGCGAUCUGGGACACGCGGCUGCCAACCGACAACGACGACGAGACGACGCGGCGGGCCAAGAAGAAGGCCCUUCUGUGCGCGGUGAGCGAGUUUUGUGACGCGCCUGCGCACUAUACCAAUGGUGUGCCUCGCAUCACCAAAAGCUUGAUCACGGCGACGACAUCCGACGCGAUUGAAGCCCAAGUCCAAGCCUUCCACGCCCAAGGCAUCCGUGACUUGCACGUGAUCGACGUCGCGUUGCUAGCGACGUGUCGCCCCGGCGUCGUCUUUACGCAGGACGCUUGCGAUCGGUGCUCCGCGGUCGACAGUGCGGUGGCCGUCGCCCUCGACGCCGCGCAGUUGCCACGCGACGUGGCCUUUCCCAUCAAGCCACGGACGGUCACCGACGUCCUCGAUGGGAUUCUCGCGAUUGCUCGCGUCCUCGGCGAAGACGCUCGGGCGCAGCUGCUCCACGCGCGUCUCACCGCCCGACUCGACGCGGUGGCCGCUCACGUGCGCCAACUCGGUCGACCGCGUGUUCUGGGCCUCGAAAGCGUCUUCCCACUCGUGGCGUCGGGGCAGUGGCUGCCCGAUAUGCGCCGCCGCGCCGGUGGCUCCGAGGCGUUGGCCGACUCGACGCCGGGCUGUCCGCCGCGACGCUUGAAUUGGUUUGACGACAUUCUGCCAUCACGACCCGAUGUCAUCGUCGUCGCGUGUUGCGGCAAGUCGGCGCCCGAGACCGUACGGGACAUGGAGCGGUACUUGCUCUCGCAGGACGGGUUUUGGAACCUCCCAGCGAUGCAGACGACGCCGGCGCGACUCUUUGCUGUCGACCACGGCGUUCUCUCGCGCCCGGGACCGAGUAUCAUCUUGGGCAUUGAAAUCCUCGCCGCCCUCGUACAUCCGACGACGAGCGAUAAGGCAACUCUUGCCGGCCUUGAACACGUGCGCGUCUUGCAGUACACUGGUCCCCGCUUCGCCACUGGCGAGGCCUUUGUGACGCACUUCGAGUCUGUGCUUGCAUCGACCGCAGAGCCAUUUGCCGAGCCUGCGUGGCGCACCCUCGAGGCGACGGGCCCACCGGCCCUGGCGGCCCACGCGGUCGUCGCAUCGCGCGACACGCUCUAUCUCGUCGGCGGUGAGGACAAUGCGUCGCAGCGAACGUCGUCUGUGUGGCAGUGGACGCCGUCGCAAUCGUGGCAGCACCUGCCGUGCACCACCGUAUACGGCGAGGACGACGUGCCCACGGCGCGGUCGAACCACGCAGCCGCGCUUUGGCACCAUCUCGAGCUUCUCAACCUCGAGACGCGCUGCUGGACGCACGGCAGCACGACGGGCGUGGCGCCGACGCCGCGGGGCAACCCGACGCUUGUAGUCGACGCGCAACGGUCGACGGCGAUCGUCUUUGGCGGCUGGAACAAAGUCGAGCGCUUCAACGACGUGCACCUUCUCGACUUGCGCACGUGGGCGUGGCGCGAGGUUCAAUCAGGCGCGUUGGCGCCGUACAAGCGCACCGACCACGCAGCUGUGUGGGCCGACGACCGCAUGUUUGUCAUAGGCGGCUCGACGUGCGACGGACCGACCAACGACGUCUGGGUCUGGUGCCCCACCACCGAGGCGUGGACCGAGCUGACGUGCGUUGGCGAUUGUCCUGCACCCCGAACGUCGCACGCGGCUGUCGUCUGUGGGCGGCACAUUCUGGUGACGGGCGGUCAGUCCCAUACGACGGCCCACGGCACGAGCGUGUUUGCCUCGAGCUAUGCGCUCAACAUCGACUCGCUGGUGUGGACAGCACUGCCGGAUCUACCUCUCGCAGUCUGUCGACAUGGCACCGCGGUCUUGAGUGACGACGUUCUCUACGCGUAUGGCGGCUACGAUGGCAGCCGUGUCACCGGCGGCUUGCACGAGCUGUCGGUUUCUGCCACUCUCUUGCCCUCGAGCCCUGUCACUACGGCGGCAACAAAGGACGUCGCUGUGUCGCCUCUUGUCGACGACGUCGUACCGCCGGUCGUGGCGUGGGCACCCACCACGCCGCUGACGCUUGACGACUUGAUGAACGACCCAAGCAUCGCCGACGACCUCGCCGAGAUUGACGAGAUGGAGCUCGACGAGCAGCCGAGCGAGCGGUACCGAUUGCUGCACAAAUACGUGGACCCAGCCUCGGGCUAUACGGUGUUUACCGCGCUCUUUCUCAAGAAGCGCGCGUGCUGCGGCUACAAGUGCCGCCACUGCCCGUGGGGCCACAAGAACGUGGCCAAGAACAAAGCGGCGUCUAUGAACGCGUCCCUCGAGUGGUAG